GGGGCCAUCUGGCCAAUAGCAGCAGCUCAUACAGAAAUCCUUCUUCUGCCGCUAAAACUGAACUCGCUACAACUCCUUGCCUGUCAAGUUGCUUGUGUAAAAUAAAAAUCAGCAUCAAAUAACUGCAGAAUCGGCUCAUAUCUGCAGCUGAAAAUGGGAAUCUCCGGUCUGCUGCAGUUCAUCAAAGAUGCUGCAGAGCCCGUCAACGUGAAGAAAUACCGAGGCCAGACCGUGGCUGUGGACACGUACUGCUGGCUGCACAAAGGAGCCUUUUCCUGUGCCGAGAAGCUCGCCAAAGGAGAACCAACUGACCAGUAUGUGUGGUACUGCAUGAAAUUUGUGGAAAUGCUGUUGGCCUUCGGUGUCAAACCAAUUCUGGUGUUUGAUGGACGCAAUCUGCCUUCAAAAAGAGAAGUGGAAAAGUCACGCAGAGAGCGCAGAGAAAGCAACCUUCAGAAAGGUCGACAGCUACUACGUGAAGGCAAACUGUCCGAGGCCAGAGAGUGUUUUACCCGCUGUGUUAACAUCACCCCGGCCAUGGCUCAUAACCUUAUUAAGGCCGCAAGGGGCAGAGGAGUGGACUGUGUUGUGGCUCCAUACGAAGCCGAUGCUCAGUUGGCGUUCCUCACUAAAUCUGGUUUGGCCCAGGCGGUCAUCACUGAAGACUCUGACCUGCUGGCAUUCGGCUGCAAUAAGGUGAUCCUCAAAAUGGACAAGCAGGGCAACGGCCUGGAGAUCGACCAAAGCAACAUGGGCCGCUGUCGCUCUCUGGGGAACAUUUUCACGGAGGAGAAGUUUCGCCACAUGUGCAUCCUCUCUGGAUGCGACUACCUGGCCUCCAUACACGGCAUCGGCCUCGGCAAAGCCUGCAAGCUGCUGCGGCUGGCCCGAGACCCGGAUAUCCUCAAGGUGAUCAGAAAGAUGGGCCAGUAUCUGAAGAUGGAUCUCGUGAUCCCUGAGCAGUACAUCGAGGGGUUCGUCCGAGCCAAUAACACCUUCCUCUACCAGCUGGUGUUUGAUCCCGUCAGGAGGAAGGUCGUACCUCUCAACCCGUACCUCGAGCACAUCGACCCGGCAUCCCUCAGCUACGCUGGACUUAAUCUAGGCGAUGACAAAGGCUUGCAGAUGGCCCUGGGAAACCUUGACAUCAACACCAUGGAGAGGAUAGAUGACUUCAACCCAGACAAACCCAUCCCACAGCUUUUGAAACCCCGUAGUCGCAGCUGGAAUCACUCAUCAGCUCCCACUGGGCCCAGUAUCUGGAGCGGAGACUUAAAGUCAGCAGCCGUUGCCCCGCCCCUUUCUGCUGCCUCCCCAGACAGGCCUCCCUCCACCAGGGGGAAGGAGAGAAUCAUCAGCCUGGUCGGUCUGAGGCUGUCCUCCAGAGAGCUGCAGGUGAAGAGACCAAGAGAAGACCCGAGUGUAUCAGACCAGGAUGUGCUCCAGCAGUACUCGUCCUCCAGUCACAAGCGGUCCAGGUCAGACCAGCAUUCAGUCGAGCCAACGCUAACCAGCCCGCCUCGGCCCCGCAACCGCUUCGCCACCUUGCUGCAGAGGCGGAACCAGGAAGCGGAGGAGGACAGCCAGGCCACGUGCAGCAGAUUCUUCAGCAGUUCCAGUCUGAGCACCAAGGCGUCUGCUCGGGAGGAUUUACCUCAGGAGAAAGAGCCCGGAGCGGGGGGUCCCACCCAGACCAGGGACAGCGAGGAGCCAGACAUUCCCUCUGUGGACACCCCCAGCCCGCCUGCAUCACCGAGCACCACUUCCCCCAGUUCAGCCAGUCAGGGCCCCAGGCUGUUCCAGUGGUCGGGCAGCUCCUCCACGACGGAACAAUUGAGAACGCCGAAGUCCACUUCAGCCCUGUGCGCCCUGCAGCAGUUUCAGUAUAAGAAGGAGAGUUUUCCUUUGUCUAAAAACACCCACGGGCCCCCUGGAGACAUGUCACCCACACAUCAGUCCUCCACUGAUGGAAAACCUGAGCUCCAAGAUUCACCUCCCUCCCAGGACAGUGCCUACUUCUCCCAGCCUUGCGUCACUUCCUGCCACAAAGAGGAAGUCCUCACCGACAGCUUCCAGGAGGAUGCUGCUGCAACUGAGAUUAAUUCAGAGCCAGAGCAGAGUCCCACUCACUCGACAGACGCAGAUCAGAAACGUGGCAUUCUGAGACCGAAGGUUUCAGGUCUGUCGAAGCCAAAGUCCGGCCGCCAGGCUCCAGCAGCACCGGUGCGAACGCUGGGCCCCGCCAGGGCCAGUGGGCUGAGGAGGAAGUCUGUGGCGUCUGGGAAGAAGACCUCGUCCCCCAACAAUGAAAACAACCCGGGGGUCCAGGCCACCAUCAGCAGCCUCUGGAAGAAUUUCAGCUUCAAAAAGGAGUCCCAGAAGACGGGUCUGAAAGGAGAGCCCAUGUCUCCGGUCAAAGACAACCUGCUGGGCAGCAGGAGCCUGAUCACCAGCUUCUGAUGGUUCAGUGGAGCUUUUAAACAUACCGUGUAUGUCAAAGCUUUCUUAUUAACUUGUUUUUCUUAGUGUACAGUUUUGAAAUAAAGUGUGUGUGUGUGUGUGCGUGUGCGCCUGCCUUCAGUUACACAAGGUGGAGUUGCGUCACAUCUUGUUAUCGUCUGUUGCAUCAACACAACAUCCCAAUAAAGAAAAAUGUGUCGCCUAGUAAAAAAAGGCA